ACAUGGAGGCCUACCCCGAAGACUAUGUCGCCCACAAUCUGCCCUUCAUCGCCUUAGCUGGUCUCCCGACGGCCGACUCGUCUACCAAUGCUUCGACAGCGACGCCUACAAAUCCGCAACAAGGCAGUGGCCUAAGGAUCGUCGACAACUCNCCUCCGCUCUCUGGUCCUCAUGCCGAUUCCAUCUUGGACGAGUUCCUGCGCGCCCAUGGCGCUUCUCUGUCUUGGAGCGAUCAGGCCUUAGCCGACAGGUCUGGCUUGAUCGGCUUCAAGUUGUCGAGUAUUGGGAGGGCCGCUCCUCCGCCUAUAGUGCCCUCACAAUCUCCUCCCGGAAGUCCCAAUCCCUCCUCAUCCACCAGCCAUGACCUCCACUCGCCUCUAUCUCCGCUCUCUCCUUCUUCUCCUGUCUUUCCUGACGGCCUCAUGACUCCAAUGUGGCUGGCAAAACAUCAGUCCCGCAUUCCGGCCGUCUAUCUUUCCUUUCAGACUCUGGAUUCGGAUCCGAACAACGAUGCCGCUUUGAAGAAUCACAUCAACGACACGAAGAAUGCAAUCGCCAAAUCUGGUUUCAAGACGCGAUACGCCGUCGUCCUCGUUUCAGACGAUGCUGCUAUCUCUCCCCUUGACUUUGAAGAACGCCUCGCCAACAUCAGAAGAGCAACCUCUCUCGAUCCAAAGAUCUCCUGCUUCCACUUUGAUGUGUCGGACUCUCAGACCGAUCUGCCCACCUUCGUAUCGAGUGUCCUGAGAGCCUUGCAGCCCGUCUGCAUUGAUUACUACAGGGACUUGACAAAGCAUUCGCGAAGAAAAAGAGGUCGCCCUGCUCCUCCACCUAUAGCCGCUGCAGCAAGCCGCGGCACAUCGCAGAUCCUGACUGUCAAUGGCUGGAAUGUACGCUAUGACUUCAAAUUAGCUGUCUUUGCAGAAUUCCGACAAGAGAUGGAUGUAGCCCAAAGGCAUUAUGAGUCUGCCUUGGAAGAGUUGUUUGGCCCUGAAGGAAGUCUUGAACAUACACCAAGUUGGUCGGCUCGCUGGCAAGAAGCCCGACUACUUUGCGACAUUAUUGCUUUCCGCGUCUUGCGCUGUCAAAUAUGGAGGGGCAUGACAUCUGGUGCUGCCGAAUCCUGGUACAACUACAAAGAGCGCAUGCGAGAUCUGAUUGAUCGUCGUGGAAAGGGUACCGACAACAGUUAUAGCUGGGAAGCAUGGGAAGCGCGCUGGGCCAAGAUGAUGGCGCAACUUAUUGAGAUGGCUGAUUUGCCUGUCUUCAAAUCUGUGAAUCUGUCUGACCCUGAAGAUCAGACCAACGCCCUUACCAUAUACGCCCCAGCGGAGAAGCUGUACUCGACUAUGGAACGUAUGAUGCCGUUUCACCUGCUACAUCAUCCAGGAUAUUGGUGGAGAUUGGCCUGCAAACACCUGAUGGCGCGUAAACGAAACGCAGAAGCCAUUCCUCAAGAGGACAGAACACUUCCGAGCGAGACUACUGCGGCUCAGCUUGCGAGCCGGACCAGAACAUACGAUACCUACAUGGUCCCUCAACCUCACGAAGAGGCACCAUUGUCUGGCCACAGCACUUACGAUUACCUGCUGGACCUGCAAAGUCAGACUGAACGGGUGGAAAGUAUCAUGUCCAACAGAGGCCAGAUGAGAGCAGUCCAGCAAGUCAAGAUCGAUCUCGCGCGCGAAUUCUACAAGGCUGAGCGUUAUGACGAAGUACUUCAGACUCUGCAGCCAGUGUGGGAGAACAUGGUCUGGAGGCGUGAGAAGUGGUUCGACCUAGCCGUAGAGGUUCUAGAGUUGAUCUACGAUUCUGCAGANAAAACAGGUAACAUUGUGCUCCAGGCUGAAAGUGCCUGGGAGCUUACAUAUCACCCCCUUAAGUCCCGGAAGAAUAUCGACCUAUUGCAAUGUUUAUCAGGAGAUGAUAGCAACGACGACCCUAUGCACAUUUUGUUGAAUACCCAGUCAAGAUUCUGUCCAUGUGAAGGUUUCGUUGGAGAUACUGCCGUCUGUCAAGCUGCAGUCAUCUUCAACGGAACAGCACAGCAAGACGAUCUUACCUUAACAGAACUUCGUGUUCAUUUCAGCACCAACAUCAAAAGCUUGGUGAUCAAUAAUUCCGAAGACGUCAGCCAAUCUUUGUCAACAGACUUGAAGGUUCAAGAGGAACCUGACCCAUCACAUCCUAUGGCAAAGAGUUUACUUACAAGUGCGAACCUAACUUUCAAGCCUGGUCAACUUCGUGUUUUCAAUCUGACGAUACCACUUCGCGACCCGGAUGCAUUCGGUGCUACUGGUGCCUCGCUGGUGCUGAAGUCAUCUAGCGCCACACUCGAACACGUUCUUAGUCAUCCGACAGAUAUCAGUUCUUCAAACUGGUGGCUCCAAUCAGAAGACAAGCUUUUGAGAAAGCAAAUUCCUAGGGCAGAGCCAAACACCAUCCAGGUGCUGCCAAAACCACCAAAGGUCCAGCUGCGCAUCACGAAUCUAAGAGAACAGUACUUUACUGGCGAGAAAGUGGCCCUCGAAAUACAAAUCCUCAAUGAAGAAGCAGAGGAAGUCAACGCCUACAUACGCGCUGAAGGACAAGAUAACGCAGAGGUCAGUCUGGAGCUCGCUUGGAAGGACAACAGAAAUGAAGCCAACGAUCUGGACUUGACCAACCUGCAAAUUGGCAAGAUAUCAGCCAAUGAGUCAAAGUCUCAUGUGCUCGAAUUCAUGGCUCCCCUGGAACUUUCAGAGUAUACUCUGAGGUUGGAGGUUAACUACCGUCUGGCCUCUGACCCAGAAACACCCGUCAUGAAGACAUUGGAGUCAGUCAUACCCUUUGUCAGCCCCUUCGAGGCCAACUAUGACUUUGGGCCUCGCCUUCACACAGGAGCAUAUCCAAAUUAUUUCAGCCUACCGGAUCUUUCUGAGGAUGAUGAACAAUCAAAACCAGCACGAGGCAUGUCACAAAGAUGGUGUUUGACCAGUCGCGUCGUAUCUUUCUCUACCGAACCUCUACUAGUUGAGGCAACACGGCUAGUUGUCAACAGGGUCACCAGUAACGCUGUGUGUAGCGUUGAGGAGUCUUCCAAACCGCAAAAGUCNUCGCGAGCCAUGGCUUUGAAGGACAUGAUGGAUGUUCCUCACAUCCUGGAAGUGCGCAAGUUGACGCUGGAGGAUCGACGUCCUUCUGCAUUAGAACUGUCUUUGGCAGUCACUUGGCGCAGAAACGAUGCUAGCGAGCAGGAUACAACAACUACCAUGCUUGCAGUCCCAAGCAUGACCAUUCCCUCGGCCGAGCCUAGAGUACUGUGUACGGCGAACAUUCCUUCGGAUACAGAAGACGAAGCCAUCACUGUCUCAUAUACCCUAGAGAAUCCAGUGCUGGAUUCCGGAGAUGGUGUGCAAAGUGAUGAUAGGGGUGGUGUGGGCAUCUGGAUAGCCGGA